AUGUAUAUGAAAUCCUUCUCGUCUGUUAUCAAGUCUGCAAGCUUGCUCCGAUCCUUUGCUACUGCUCCCUAUGUUAUUCGUGCCCUUCCCUACGCUAAGAAUGCGUUGGCUCCCGUGAUCAGUGAGAAUACACUGAACUGCCACUAUGACGGACACCACCAAACGUUUGAAUUGAGUUUCUCCAUUAUGGAUAGAUAUGUAAACAAUUUCAACAACAUGACAAAGGGAACAGACCGAAAGCCUCUGGAACACUACAUCACCAACGUCACUGGAGGUGUUCACAACCAAGCUGCUCAAAUCUGGAACCACACGUUCUUCUGGAACUGCAUGUGUCCUGGAGGCAAAGCUAUUCCCGAGGGCGAAUUGAAGAGCGCAAUCCUUCGCGACUUCGGAUCGGUGGACAAGUUGCAUGAGACUUUCUCCCAAGUGGCAACCGCGCAUUUCGGAAGCGGCUGGGCCUGGCUUGUCCACGACCCCAAGGAGAACAAGCUGAAGGUGCUGAGCACUCCUAACGAGGCCAAUCCUAUGCAAUCUGGUCUGCGCCCUCUGCUCGUCUUGGACGUCUGGGAGCACGCUUACUAUCUGGAUUACCAGUUCCGUCGCGCCGAGUACAUUAAGAAGUGGUGGUCUAUUGUAAACUGGAACUAUGUGAAUGACGUUUAUCUUAGCAAAUCCAUUCCCACUUUUUUGUGUGUUUGUUUUACAUUUUAA